UUUGUAUUGAAGCACCGAAAGAAAUCAGGCAAGGCAGGCCUAUAAUCAAGACCUUAAUGGUUCAUCCUCUGAGUAAAGAGGACCUCUCUGCCCGGUCGCCGCACUUCUGGCUCUGAAAACUCAUUCAGGCGUAGCCCAACGACCGGUAGAUAAUCUCUUGGUUAACAGCCUCCACCCUGCCAACCCUCCUUCGGUCGUGACAAUCUCCUUUGGCUUCGUGUCUUGACCAAGAUGUCCACUGAUUUGGUCUCGGUGUCCAACAUUCGCUUCUUAGCCUCAGAUCUUGCUCUGUCUAGAGGUGUCGCCAAGGACGAUGUGAUCAACCUCGGAGACUGGUCCUCAGACUCAGUUGUAGAGUUUUACUACCGGCACUCGCGCCUUCAAAAAAUCACCAUGCCUGCAGUCAUACUGCUUAAAAGUCCAACUUAAAUGCCUUUGCUAUAUAAAACGUUUUUGCGUCAAAAACACGACAUU